AUGUCAUAUGAGACCUUGCAGAGCAGCCCAACAGAAACAGCGGUUGAAACCUUGGGACCCGUCUUGUCCACGGAUGAGCAGGAUGAAAAUCUCAUGAUUCUGGGAUAUCCAGUGGUUGAUAUGAAAAUCACUGUCCUGGCUUUAAUUUUGUUGUUUUUGUGCCUGGUGGCAGUGGUGGGCAACGGCAUCCUCACUGCGACUCUGGGCAUGAAGUGGUUGCUGCGGAGAGCAUUUUCGCCUUGUGAUAAGUUAUUGGUCAGCCUGGGGGCCUCUCGAUUCUUCCUGCAGUGGGUUGUGAUAUGUAGAAAUGUUUAUAUUUUCCUGAACCCAACAGCAUUUCCAUACAACCCUGUAUUGCAGUUCCUAGCCAUCCUAUGGGACUUCCUGAAUACGGUCACCUUGUGGAUCUCCACCUGGCUCAGCCUCUUCUAUUGUGUGAAAAUCGCGACCUUCACCCAUCCAGUCUUCUUCUGGCUAAAAUGCAGGGUAUCUAGGUGGGUACCACGGAUGCUGCUCAGUUCGGUGGGCUUCUCUGGCUUGAGCACCACCUUACUUUUCAUAGGCAAUCAAAGCAUAUAUCAAAACUAUUUAAGGACAGUUGGACAAUCUUGGAAUGUCACUGAGAAUGACAUGAGGAACUCAUGUGAGAAAUUCUAUCUUUUCCCUGUAAAAGCAAUUACGUGGAUGGCUCCUACUCUUAUUUUUCUCACUUGCAUGAUUUUGCUUCUCACAUCUCUGGGAAGACACACAAAGAAGGUCCUCUUGACUCUCUCGGGAUUUCAAGAUCCCAGUGCCCAGGCCCACAUCAAAGCUCUUCUGGCUCUUAUCUCCUUUUCCAUCAUCUUCACCUCCUAUUCUCUGUCCAUAGUGCUCACUGCUACUGGCAUUUUUCCAUCCCGGGAAUUUAGGUACUGGGCGUGGCAGGUGCUUAUUAAUCUGUGCACAGCACUUCACCCUGUAAUUCUGCUUUUCACCAACAGUAAGAUGAAGGAGGUGCUGGAGAGGGGCUGCUGCUCAAGAAAUAGGGCAUCUUGA